UUAUUGCUACAGAGAGUGUAGAGUUUGUCAGAUCGCCAUUGCCAAAUGGAGAACAGGACAGAGGUGACUCAGUUCAUCCUGCUGGGACUGACCAGUGACCCAGACCUGCAGGUCCCCCUCUUCAUCAUCUUCCUCAUCAUCUACAUCAUCACGCUGGUUGGGAACCUGGGGAUGGUCCUCCUGAUUCUCUUGGACUCGCGUCUCCACACCCCCAUGUACUUCUUCCUAGGUAACCUGUCUCUGGUGGAUUUUUGUUACUCUUCAACUGUCACUCCUAUGGUCAUGGCUGGCCUCCUUCUAAGAGAUGAAGUCAUUUCCUACAAUGUUUGCGCUGUUCAGAUGUUCUUUGUGACAGGUUUUGCUACUGUGGAAAAUUACCUGUUGGCCUCCAUGUCUUACGAUCGCUAUGCAGCCGUGUGUAAGCCCCUGCAUUACACCACCACCAUGACGGCAAACGUGUGUGCAUGCCUGCUCACAGGCUGCUACGUCUGCGGCUUCCUGAAUGCCUCCAUUUACACUGGGGACACAUUCAGUCUGUUCUUCUGUAAGUCCAAUGUGAUCCACCACUUUUUCUGUGAUAUGCCAGCAGUCAUGUUUUUAUCUUGCUCUGAUAGACAGGUGAAUGAGCUGGUUCUUGUAUGUGUAGCCAGCUUUAAUAUCUUUUUUGCUUUGCUGGUAAUCUUAAUAUCCUACAUAUUAAUUUUUAUCACCAUCCUAAAGAUGCAUUCAGGGGCAGGGCAUCAGAAGGCGGUGUCUACUUGCGCUUCUCACCUCACCGCUGUCUCCAUUUUCUAUGGCACUCUUAUGUACAUGUACUUACAGCCCAGCUCCAGUCAUUCCAUGGACACUGACAAAAUUUCAUCCGUGUUUUAUACUAUGAUCAUCCCCAUGCUCAACCCUGUGGUCUACAGCCUGAGGAACAAGGAGGUCAAGAAUGCAUUCACAAAAAUUGUUUUCAGGACAAACUAAUGUUUAUGGUUUUAGUGUACUGUUUAGUUAGCUUCACGUGGACCUAGUGUACAUUUGUAAUAUAGGGGG